GGAACAGUCCAUUACACGUGAGAUUUGUUGUAAAUAAACCAUGCCAGCGCCAAGAAAACGAAAGCCUGACAGUAACGAGAAACCAUCGUCAGAUAAUACAGAAACAGUCGAUGAGAAAUCCCCCACAAGAAAACAAGACAAAAAGACUGUAACGGAUCAGAAAACACAUCCAGGUUUCUGUCGGCGGUGUCUUAGUUUUGGAAAAUAUGUUCUUCUGUUGUUGAUAGUUCCUCCAUUUUUGAAUUAUGCAUCACUACAAAGGGAAGCUCAGCAAUUGUUACCAUCAGGUGGAGAGCUUUACGACAUUGGCUGGUCUCAGAAACUCUUUAUGAUGUGUCAUGGAAAAGGACCUCCAACUGUCAUUCUAGACUCGCCAACAGGAAUGUCAUCUGAUGUUUGGGCUCUAAUAUGGCCAAAAAUUUCCCAGCAUGCAAAAGUGUGUGUUUAUGACCGAGCUGGUAUUGGUUUCAGCGAACGUCCACACAAGAACAGCUCCGAGUCGUAUGGUGAGAUGGUGGACAAGAGGUGGCAGCCAUUCACAGCAGAAAAAAUGGCUGAUGACCUGUUCCACCUCUUCACUGUGAGCAGUCAGCAGGAAAAGCCGUUUAUUCUCGUGGGUGCCGAGCUGGGGGCGCUUGUUGCUCAGUUCUACACCAACAUCUAUGAAAGCCAUGUGUUUGGCCUGGUGUUGAUCAACCCACUGACGGAGGAGAUCUUUGAUCAGGAUCAGGGCGUGUGGACUCAGUACUGGUUUGGCCAGCUCGUCCCCACCUUCCAGUCAUUUCAGCUGGGAGCUGCUCUCGGGCUGACCCGCCUUGCUCUCCUCUUCGGACUGAUUAAACAACCCCUAGCAAUGGUCGCCGUCGCUCCUGACGUGCACAACAGACAGAAAUACUUGAUGUGUAACCCUCGUCACCUGAGUUCUGUGGUGGAUGAACAUCAUUUCAUCAAUGAAACAUUUUCACAAAUGAGGACGAUGAGAACUCUGAGAUCGUUACCUAGCAACAUCUCCGUCACUUUAGUAACGGGCAACUACUAUGAUGAACAAAUGCCAAGCUCUUUAAAUAAGGCCUGGGCGAAGUCAGAACGAUCUCUGAUCAGCAAGUAUCUGCCUGGUUCUCAGCACAUCGUCAUCAACGGCGCCGACCACCAUAUGCUGUACAAGAAACCCCUCGCCGUCACGGAACCCAUUAUUAAAAUGAUUAAACUUUGGAAGCAGAAAAAUAAAUAUUCAAAAAAAUCGUGACCAACAGAUCAAAUUAGGAUUGAUUUUAAAUCAACUUGUUCUUUAUAUGUUGCAUUUUGACAAUUUUUAAAUAAAUUUUUUAACAGCCAA